CUUAUUCCUUUCAAUGAGUGGCUUCUUUGGCUCAAACGAUACAACUUCAAAAUGGGGAGGUUACUUGAAACAAGCAAUUAACAAUGUAGAAACAACAUUUGACUCUUUACUUGAGCAACCGCCCAAUCAACCAAAAGAUGCUAAAAGUAACUUAAUACAUGCUCAGCUUUUCUUUUAACCAACGUCUCUUUUUUAUUGAUAGACGAUGAAACAGAAACAUGGCUUGACCCUGUUACUGGUAUGAUUACUACUAUCGAGAAGAAGAAGCCUCAAGCACAGCCACAGCAGCCUAAACGUCAAGAUUCAGAUCUUUCGAGUCGCUUAGCUGCCGUUGUUGCGACAGAUAAUUCAAAAAAAAAGAAGAAAAACUUACAAAAGAAUACAGAAAAACCAACAGAGAAGCCAACAGAGAAG